UUCUUCAAAAUUUCUGUCGACUAAUUAGUGUACUCCCCCAACUCUAAUACUCUAUACUCUUUCCUGUGUAUCUGUAGCUCAUUUGCAAUUUACAUAGAAUAGAUGCUGUCAAGUCAACUCUCUCUCCUCUCACAUUAACCCCAUCAAAGCUCCCUUCCAUAUGGUUAGGUUAGGUUUUGCUUAAGUUUCGCAACCCAAUUCAAGAACCCAAUUUUCUCUCUCUCUCAUAAUUCAAUUCACAAAUUUGUUUUCUCUCUCCUCUCUUACUGGCUACUGCUGCUCUGCUGUCUCUGCUACUGCCGCCGCCGCCGCGAUCUGUAAUGCUUUGUGCUACUACUGGACCAAUUCUCUUUUUUGAUCUUGUGAUAUGAGGUAAUAUAUAAAAAUCUAAGUAUGCCCUUUUCAUUUUUCUUCCUUGAUUAGAAAAACCCAUAUUUUAGAUUGAACAAAUUUGAUCUGGGUAUUUGAGUUUCUGUUAGUGGGUCUUUUGUAUUAUGUUUUGAUUUUGUUAUGAGAUUGUUUAUGUGAUAAUAGCUAGAAAUCAUUGGCAGAGCAGUAUAUAUAAAGUUGGGUGAAUUAUUGUUACUUUCUGUGCGGAUUAAGAGGGUGAUUGAUUAAUGGAACAAGCGCGUCGGUUCCAUGCCUUAGGCCCAUCUGAAAUGAGGGGUAUGGGGAAGAGGGGUUCAGAAUGGGAUUUGAAUGAUUGGAAAUGGGAUGGAGAUUUGUUUAUUGCGACGCGGUCCGGUGGCGCACUGCCGUCUAAUUAUCAAGGUCAGCAAUUUAUUCCUGUUUCGGGAAACUCGUCGAACAGUUCGACAUCCUGCUCUGAUGAUGUUCAUUCUUCUAUUGAUGAUGGGAGGAGGGAGUCAGAGAGGAAAAGGAGGGUUAUUGUUGUGGAAGAGGAUAGUUUGGAGGAAGCUGGUUCCUUGACUUUAAAGCUUGGUGGGAACUGUUUUCCUGUAUCUGAGAGCGAAAGGGAGGUGGGUACUUGGGAGGGGACGAGUGGAAAGAAGACGGCUAAGUUGGUUGGCGGUUCUUCAAAUCGUGCUGUUUGCCAAGUUGAGGAUUGUGGAGCUGAUCUUACUAAGGCUAAGGACUAUCACAGGCGUCACAAAGUCUGUGAGAUGCACUCUAAAGCCAGUAAAGCCCUUGUGGGAAAUGUCAUGCAGCGAUUUUGCCAACAGUGUAGUAGGUUUCAUGUUCUUCAGGAGUUUGAUGAAGGCAAGCGAAGUUGUAGACGACGUCUAGCUGGCCAUAAUAAACGACGGAGGAAAACUCAGCCUGACACUGCUGUUCAUGGAAAUUCCAUAAAUGAUGAACAAACUAAUAAUGUUCUGCUGAUGAGCUUACCAAGGAUACUUUCGGACAUGCAUGCUAAUAACAAAUCAGACCAGAGUACAGAUCAAGAUCUUGUUGCUCAGCUUCUGAGAAGCCUUGCCAAUCCUUCUGGGCUGCAUGUGGCAAAAGGCUUGCAUGGACUCUUGCAUGAGUCACAUAAGUUACUAAAUGGUGGAAUGGCCAAUGGUAACGGGCAUUCAGAAAAGAUGUCAGAUUGUCUCUCUAAUGAUCAUCUAAAUUCUCCGCAAGUCAUCGACCAACAUGAUGCACUACCUGAUUCAGCAAUUCCAAGAAAGGAAUUAUAUGAAGCUAAUAGCAGGAGCAGUGAAAUGCAGGUUGUCUCCUCACAAGAUCCUGGAAAUUUGUUUCCUAUAAAAGAUAGCCCUCCAGCUCACUCUGAAACCACAGCAGGGAGAAUGAAGUUAAACAAUUUUGACCUGAAUGAUGCAUAUGUAGAUUCAGAUGAUGGUAUAGAAGAUUUGGAGAGGUCACCUGUUGAUGGACACUGUACAACUGGCUCUGUUGAUUUCCCUUCAUGGGCUGGACAUGUUUCACAUCAAUCAAGUCCACCACAAACUAAUUCUGACUCAGCUUCGGCUCAAUCACCUUCUAGUUCUAGUGGAGAACCUCAGUGUCGCACGGAUCGGAUUGUUUUCAAGCUAUUUGGUAAAGAACCAGGUGACUUCCCUAUGGUGCUGCGGGGUCAGAUCCUUGAUUGGCUUGCUCAUAGUCCUACUGACAUCGAGAGCUACAUCAGACCUGGUUGUAUAAUUUUAACAAUUUACCUGCGCUUGGCUGAGUCCUCGUGGGAGGAGCUCUGCUCUGAUCUUUCAUCCUGCUUAACUCGACUCUUUGACAUAUCUGAGGACACAUUUUGGAGUAGUGGAUGGGUUUAUGUGCGAGUGCAGAAUCAAAUAGCAUGUUUUCACAAUGGUCAGGUUAUACUGGAUACAACAUUAUCUCUUCAAAAUAGUAAUUCUGGUCAAAUUUUGAGUAUCAUGCCUAUUGCUGUGUCUAUGGAUGAACGAGCUGAAUUUGAAGUUAGAGGUUUCAACCUCUCCGGUUCUACAACAAGAUUACUGUGUGCACUAGAAGGAAAAUAUCUUGAUCAAGAAGCAACUCAAGAAUCAAAAGAGGAUGGUGAAUCUGUUGAGGAGGAUGAUGAAACCGAGCAUGCCACUAUGUCUUGCGUUAUUCCCAAAAUAACUGGUAGAGGGUAUAUUGAGGUUGAAGAUCAUGGUCUCAGCAGCAGUUUCUUCCCUUUCAUAGUUGCAGAAAAGAAUGUUUGCUCUGAGAUACGGACAUUGGAGAGUGUUCUGGAACUGAAGGAAGCCGAUGAAGAUGCAUAUGAAGUAAAAGGAACAUUUGAAUCCAGACGUCUAGCAUUAGAUUUCAUAAAUGAAAUGGGAUGGCUGCUUCACAGAAGCCACUUAAAAUCUAGAUUGGCUGACCUAGAUCCUAACACCGUCAUUUUCUCAUUUAGACGAUUUACAUGGCUCAUGGACUUCUCUAUAGACCAUGAUUGGUGUGCUGUUAUCAGGAAACUCUUGGACGUUUUGGUUGAUGGAACUGUAGGAUCAGGUGAACAUCCAUCCUUGAAGGUGGCAAUGUCACAAAUGGGACUCCUCCACAAAGCUGUUCGUAAAAAUUCUAGGUCUAUGGUGGAGCUGCUUUUAAAAUAUGUCCCAGACAAUUUAGCAGAAGAUUUCAUAUCAACUGCUGAUGGUGGCCAAGUAAGGUUUAUGUUUAGGCCUGAUGCCCAAGGACCUGCUGGUUUGACCCCACUUCAUGUUGCAGCUGGUAGAGAUGGCUCGGAAGAUGUACUGGAUGCUCUACUUGAUGAUCCUGGAAAGAUUGGAAUUGACGCAUGGAAGAAUGCUCGAGAUAGCACAGGGGCCACACCUGAGGAUUAUGCUCGUAUGCGAGGCCAAUAUGCUUACAUACAUAUGGUCCAGAGGAAGAUCCAACGUAGUUCAGCUGCAAGGCAUGUGGUGCUAGAUAUCCCAGUAGAAUCAUCUGUUUCCCUAAGGCAUGAUGGGGCUGUGAGCUUCGAGGUUGGAAGAAAUGUAACUCAGAGUUGCAAGUUAUGUGAUCAGAAGAUGUCCGUGUAUUACAGAAGUAGUGCAAGGACAUCUCUAGUGUACAGGCCGGCCAUGCUCUCCAUGGUUGCUAUUGCUGCAGUGUGCAUGUGUGUGGCUCUUCUCUUCAAAAGCAUGCCUAAUGUUGUCUGUCUCUUCCAGCCUUUCCGUUGGGAGUCGCUCAAUUAUGGCCCUAGCUGAUUUUCCAUUUGGGAUCUGUCAAUUACAGUAUAAUAAAAGAUAAUUUGAAGUAUAUGUAUCAAUUGUAUUUGUGUUUUGUAAUUUGUAAUCUGUAUUAUGUAUUUUGUAUUUGUAUCUACAUUUCUUAAUUUAUAUUCUGUAGUAUUAUGUUUCUAUGAAAGGCAAGGAUUUUCUAGUACUAUAAGUCAGUGCUAGAAGUCUAGAACUGAGAUGCUGUAUAAUAUAAGUAGUAACGACUAAAUACUCAAUAUUAUGUAUCGAGAUGUGACUACGAUAAGCUAUAUUUUGUUUUAGUA